AUGCCCGCACCCAUCGACCCCGAAUCCAUAUACACUAAGCAAACAUGCAUAGGUGGUGGAAGCUUCGGCAGGGUCUACAAAGGUGUGGAUAGGCGAACCGGAGAAUCCGUGGCUAUCAAAAUCAUCGACGUCGAAAAUGCCGAAGACGAAGUGGACGACAUCAUCCAGGAGAUUGCGAUCCUGUCCGAGCUGAAAUCCCCAUAUGUCACCAAAUACCAUGGUUCAUACUUAAAAGGCUCGCAUUUGUGGAUCAUCAUGGAGUUCUGUUCUGGCGGGAGUUGCCAUGGUCUUUUGCGUCCGGGGGUGAUCCAUGAAGAGUACAUUGCAAUUAUCUUACGUGAGCUUCUGCGAGGCUUGGAUUACCUCCACAGUGACCAUAAGCUCCAUCGAGAUAUCAAAGCUGCGAACAUUCUAUUGAGUGCGAGUGGCCAAGUCAAAUUGGCCGAUUUCGGCGUGUCUGGACAGCUGUCAGCAACAAUGACCAAGAAGAACACGUUUGUGGGAACGCCAUUCUGGAUGGCUCCAGAGGUCAUCAAGCAGUCAGGGUAUGACUACAAAGCCGACGUUUGGUCUCUAGGAAUCACAGCCAUCGAGUUGGCGUGUGGAGACCCACCAUAUGCAGACAUCCAUCCGAUGAAGGUGCUGUUUUUGAUCCCGAAGAAUCCCCCUCCGAUUCUCAAUGGCAACUUCAGCAAGCCUUUUAAGCAAUUUGUUGAACUAUGCUUGCGCAGAGACCCGAAGGAGCGACCCUCCGCAAAGGAGUUGCUGGAGCAUCCGUUCAUUAAGCGUGCAAAGAGGACUACAUACCUCACGGAGUUGAUUGAACGUGCGGAGCGCUGGCAGGCAACGCACCAUGGUCAAGGAGACGAUCAGGAUGAUUAUGACGAGAUCGAGGAGCCGGUGCAACCGCAACCCGAGGAGCAUGAGGAUCUCUGGGACUUUGGCACUGUUCGCCCUGUUGGAAGACCUGGGGCUGCGCCAGUAUUGAGACCGCUAAAUGCUUCCGACACGAACUCACGUAGCCAGGAGACAGAGGAAUGGGAUUUGCGAGAUGAUUGUAAACAGGCUCCAACUGCUCGCCCUUCACAAUCUCACGUGGUGAAGUCUCCUGUUGAUGCAUCUCCAACCAAAACUCCUCUUCCUCCGUCUGCCCCAACAUCACCUACGAAAAAUGCAACCUCUCAACCACUGCCCUCUCCAUGCAACCCUCGCUCUCCAAUGGCUGCAAACACCCCCGACAAGAAUUCACCUUACAAUGAACGAUACGCACAGGCAGUCAUGGAUUACGCCAGUGGUAUGGGUAAUCAAUCGCCUGCACAAUCGGCCUCCCCUGGCGAUUCAAGCUCCGUAAAGCGAGAGCAGCCAUCUAGCCCUGGCCAGCUCUCCCGGAAGCCUGCAUUUCUUCAACGCCCGCUUCCCGAUACCCCCGCGAGUCCAUCCCAAGCUCGAGCAUCACCCCAUUACGGUCUCCAGAAGCAAACCGAUAGCUCUCCAAAGCCCACCCCAGGCCUCAAAUCCAAGCUCGCGCCUGGCAGACAGGAAAAGCACGAACGUCGUCUUUCCAGGCAGCACACGCCUUCCCAAAGCCCUCUGACAGAAGAAGCACCAAGACUACCAAAUCCACCAAAAACCCCAACCGAGAACGAGCGCGCAACAGCCUAUGGUUCUGUCAUCGUCCCCGCCCUCCGCGCAGCCAUGAACCGACGAGCUCGCCACCUCGCCCGUCUUGACCCAGCCCGGAGCCAGACGAAAGCGACCCCCGAAGAAGAGAAACAAUGGGACCGAAACGUCAAAAUUCACCGCGGCAUGGAACAUGUUACUGACGAGAUCGCUCAAUCGCUCGCGAACCUCCACCGCUGGGACAUGGAAGCCCCAGUUCAAAUGGGCGGAGGCGUUGACGCCGUCCUCGAUGCCUUCCUCGAGGAAGUCCUCGUCUGCCUGCAACCUUCCGCUCCCUCCAACUCGGCUUAA